CUGGCGGAUGGAGGAAUAACAGCGUUCAAAACAUAAAGCUGUGUGGAGCGAUGGCCACACCGUUUGUUCCUGUGCCGGUGCCCAUACACAGAGCUCCGCAGGCGGACAAUAAGAGAGCCGCCCCGCCGUGUCGGAGUCCCGUCCCCCGCGCCGGACUCAACGGCACCGAACGCGCGGUGGAAUAUUCCAGUUACCCGCAUCCGAACAGCCCGUCAGAUACCCCGGGUCUGAGCUGGGAGGAGCGGCCCAUCACACCCACUGUGUUGGGGUACGAGGUGAUGGAGGAACGGGCCAAAUUCACUGUUUAUAAAGUUCUGGUGAAGAAGACUUCAGAAGAGAGUUGGGUCGUGUUCAGACGCUUCACAGACUUCUCAAGACUCAACGACAAGCUGAAGGAGAUGUUUGCUGGAUUCCGGCUGUCUCUUCCUCCAAAGCGCUGGUUUAAAGACAACUAUGGGACUGAGUUCCAGGAGGACAGACAGCUCGACCUGCAGGUGUUCCUCCAGAAUCUCGUGGCCCAUAAAGACAUCGCCAACUGUGUGGCGGUUCGGGAAUUCUUGUGUCUGGAUGAUCCGCCGGUGUUUGACAGUCUGGAGGAGAGUCGGGUGUUCUGCGAGACACUAGAGUGUAACUACAGACUUCAGAAGGAACUUCUGGACAAACAGAGAGAGAUCAGCUGCUUAAAGAAAUCUCUGCUGGAGAAAGAGCUUCACAUUCAAGCACUGGAAAAACAAAUCAAUGGACAUGUGCUCACUCCAGACAGGCCGUGUUGUGUGUCUGGUGCGGGCAGCUCUGAGAGCAGUGUGGACGUCGAAUCUUCUGCUGUUGAAGCCGAUCAGGAGCUGCCGGAUGAAAAAGAGUGAGUCUACAUUAUCAUCUAAUGUGACAAAACACACUUCCAGCAGAUAAACACCUUUAAAAUGUACCGUCAUCCUGAUCAUCCUCAUCAUCUUGCACUCCUGCUCACAUAUACAGAUUUGCAGAAUGAAAUGCUCUCUAAGAUGAGAAUGGUCCUCCUGACUAGCAUUAGCAAGUAGCAAAUCCAGGUUGAUGUCUGUGAUGAUGUAAACGAAAGGGAAAAAAUAAUCCCAGACACACUUCCAUUUGGUUCUCAGCAGGAAACCGAUGGAGUGCGUACUCCAGGUAGGGAAUGAGGUUUUGCCCCAAGUGAAGGAGUUCAAGUACCUUGGGGUCUUGUUCACGAGUGAGGGGACAAUGGAGCGGGAGGUUGGCCGGAGAAUCGGGGCAGCGGGGGCGGUAUUGCACUCGCUCUAUCGCACCGUUGUCACGAAAAGAGAGCCGGAAGGCAAAGCUCUCAAUCUACCGGUCAAUUUUCGUUCCUACCCUCACCUAUGGUCAUGAAGGUUGGGUCAUGACCGAAAGAACUAGGUCGCGAGUACAAGCGGCCGAAAUGGGCUUCCUCAGAAGGGUGGCGGGCUUCUCCCUUAGAGGUAGGGUGAGGAGCUCAGUCAUCCGUGAGGAGCUCGGAGUAGAGCCGCUGCUCCUUUGCGUUGAAAGGAGUCAGUUGAGGUGGUUUGGGCAUCUGGUAAGGCUGCCCCCUGGCCGCCUCCCUAGGGAGGUGUUUCAGGCACGUCCAGCUGGGAGGAGGCCUCGGGGAAGACCCAGGACUAGGUGGAGAGAUUACAUCUCCACACUGGCCUGGGAACGCCUCGGGGUCCCCCAGUCAGAGUUGGUUAAUGUGGCUCGGGAUAGGGAAGUUUGGGGCCCCCUGCUGGAGCAGCUGCCUCCGCGACCCGACUUCGGAUAAGCGGUUGAAGAUGGAUGGAUGGAUGGACACUUCCAUAUUUCAGACACAAUAAAAACUGCAAUUGUCAAACCAUUUAAUUUGCUCUUUAAUAAACAGUCUGCUGGUUAAUAAUGAUAUCAGCUAUAAUUAAUAAUUAAUAAUAAUUCCUGUAAGUCAACCACUUUACAGAACAUUCAGUCUGACACACACACAC